UUUCAGCAGAUGUUUUUUCUUUUUCAGAAGCGCAUCUCUAAGAGCCAGCUGAAAUAUGAAACAAGAGGGAUAUUCAGAUUGAAGGGAGACUGGCUGAAAGUGAGUACAACCUUGAGAGCAGCAGCAGGAGCAAUUGCCCACUGUGCAGAUGGACUUUGAUUUUUACUGGCCCUGUCUCUGUCAUUGUCCAAUCUUACAGGCAAAUGUUUUUAAGAUUUUCUGGAGAUUUGCUUGCAGAGUGAUGUUGAAUUAGCUUACUUUACACCUUGUAUUGCAGAGGAAGAUGCCUUUUUUGCCUAGGGUAUCUUCACAGUCAGAGCUGUAAAAUAUCAGAACCCAGCCUUUCUAAUCUGGAUUCUUUGUAAGCAAAUGCAAUUUCCUUACAGAAAGGAGAAAAUGUCAUAUAACAACUUCCGAGAAAGCAGACUGCGGUUCUCAGACUCCCUUAAUGGCCAGCGCUGGAUAUUCCUGAGAAAAGGCCUAGAUGACUUCCGAGAUGGCUUUCCCCCUUCAUCUGAUAACAUGAUUGUCUCUUCGAAGAGGUUGCUGGUGUCUCAGGGUCCUGAAAUCCUUUUUAAGAGUAAGGCUGGAUACAAUGACUAUCAACGGGAGACCCAAACUCCUCAGGAGGUGCAGGAUCAUAUGGAGGACAAGCAAAUGAAAGUAACAGGUUGCAAGAAGCUAGUACACAGCAAGGAGCCUCUGGGCAAAAAAGCAUGUACCUCGCUUUCUAAGGUAACAGAAGGAGGAAAAAAGGCCACACAGAGCCACUUAGCUCCACUUCAUGAGCACACAAAGCGAGUAACCAAGCAUUUUUGUGACUGGGUUAUGUCUUUGGAGCCAAAGUCAGAAACAAGGAAUCUUGUUUCUGACUCCCAGCUCUGUUGUGUCAUGUCUACCAGAGCUCAGUCCUUUGAAAUGGUGGCGGGAACUGCAGUAUUGAUGAAGAUGCACUUCAGAGUUUGCUUCCACUCCAGCAGUGAAAGUAAGGAGGCUGGCCUCCUUACACCUUUCUGUGCAGUGAAACUCAAUGAUGGGCAAGCAGAGCAGUCAGGGAAAACAGGAGAUUUCACCUCUCAAGUUUGCCUGUCAGGAGUUCUCUACCACCUAGGGUGCCUGCCCUGCCAAGUUAAGGUACUUUACCAACCAAAAAGGGAGAAGAUCAGAUAUGGAGCGUGGUACCUUGACCCCAAAACAUGGAGAAAAGAGAUAGUGAACAAACCAUUAGAAGCUUCAGAGGAAACAAUAAAUAGAAUCAGGAAUGCAAAGCAUCAUUUGAGUGAAAAGGAGAUGGAAGUUCCACAGCUCCACAGCACACAGGCCUUUAAGGAGUUCCUGGAGAGAAAGGGCUACCAAAAGCCUCGGGGGAGGAGAGAACACUUUUUUUCACCAGGGAUGACCAGACCUCACUUACUCUUAUUUUACUGUCCUCAUCUUUCAGUGACUUCUCUAAGAUCAUCAAAGCAUGUAGUUGUUCACAGCUGCUUGGACCAUGUUCUGUGCUUUGAUUUCCUUUUCCCUGAAUGCCUUUUGUGAGUCUCUUCUGCUGCCAUUGCUGGACUCCCAAGAUGUGCUGCAGUGUGAUUUCCAGUCAUCUGUCCUGUUAUUAUUGAGGGAAUCAAUGACAAAAAGCACUAGAGGAUGAAGCAGGAAGGCAGCCUGAUGAACUGGUACUGGAAAGCAAGUGGCCCUUACAAUCCCAUGGUUUGCUCAGAAAACUCCAGUCCUGAAUUUCUGAUAUUCUUUUCCUAAUCAAACUGAGUUUGGCAGCUGUGGAGCUGAGUCAAAUAGAGAAGAGCCAGCUCUGGGGUUGGAUCUUCUGGUGCAUAACUUACUGCAAUGUGAUGUUCUUCCCUGAUGAAUAUUCAUGCAGAGAUUUUGAUAACAUUUCUCAUAUUUGAAAAUAUCCUGUAAUAUGAUAUAUGGAGACAAAGCUCAACAAAAUCCCACUGCUGCACGUUGAAGAAGCAAAUUAAUUCCAAAAAUACCUGUUCAAACUCUGCUGCAUGUGAAGGUGGCUACUUCAUUAAAGGAAGAAGAAGCUCAGUUAGGCCAGAAAGAUACUUUGAUGCCUGUAUCCAGAGGAGGUGGUAUCUGAAAAUUGGCACUGAUGGAUUUGGAAAAGGUGUCCUUGUCUGAGGCAAAACAUACCUUUGGUGUGCAAGCAAGUACGGAAAAUUUUGACCCAGAAGUGACUUGGUGGAAAAGCUGAGCAUGUCAGGACAAAGGCUCAUAACUGAGCUUGAUCUACCAUCAAAUCUGUCAGAAUCCAAGUGAAGCGCCAAAAAUAGUUGCAUCCAGAGUAAGCCUGGCUUGCCUUUAGAAGUUGGAACUGAAAAAAUCCAAGGGCAGAGAGUUGGACAGUGCUUUCUGUGUCACAACGUGAAUUUCUGUUUGUGCAGG